CCGCCUCCCGUGGACGAGGCGGAGCCGUGCGUCACGUGGGCCGCUCCCGCCGCCGCCGCCGCCGCGGUCUUUCUCUGUCUCAGCUAAGGCAGCCAUCUUGCUCUUGCCGCGUGCUGGUGUUGGAGGACCCUCCCCGCUGCAGAUUUACCAAGAGCAUGAAUCAAGAAAAGUUAGCCAAACUUCAAGCUCAGGUCCGGAUAGGGGGCAAGGGUACAGCUCGCAGAAAGAAGAAGGUGGUGCAUAGGACAGCUACUGCUGAUGACAAGAAGCUUCAGAGUUCUCUAAAGAAACUGGCUGUGAACAAUAUAGCUGGUAUUGAAGAGGUGAACAUGAUUAAAGAUGAUGGAACAGUUAUUCACUUCAACAACCCCAAAGUCCAAGCUUCCCUCUCCGCUAACACCUUUGCAAUUACUGGUCAUGCAGAAGCCAAACCAAUCACAGAAAUGCUUCCUGGAAUACUAAGUCAGCUUGGUGCUGACAGCUUAACAAGCCUUAGAAAGUUAGCUGAGCAGUUCCCACGGCAAGUAUUGGAUAGUAAAGCACCAAAACCAGAAGACAUUGAUGAAGAAGAUGAUGACGUUCCAGAUCUUGUAGAAAAUUUUGAUGAAGCAUCGAAAAAUGAAGCUAACUAAAAUCCUCUGGGUUUUGGAAGCUGGCAUGGACUAGAUUUAACAAUCAGCUCUGUUGUUCCAAAGUUUUACAGACAUGGAGAACAUCACCUGUUACUAGUUCAGUAAUAUAAAUAUUUUGUAUAUUAAUAAUGCUGUUUGAUCAGCAUUUCUCGGUCAUUUGAUUUUGCAUUUUGCACUUCCCAGGAUCUAUUCUUUUGGUCAAAAUAUGAAGUAUUGAUACAGUUUGAGGGUGGUUUUUGCUUUUGGGGGGAACUUUUGGGUGUGUAUGUAUAUGUAUGUGUGUGGGUAUGUGUGUAUACGGUGGACAGAAAAUUGGAUAACAGUUAUAUCUAUCCUCUUCCUUCCCCCAAUAGAAAUAAAACAAAUCUUUACAUUUGUUACUUUUUUUCCUAAUACUGUACAAAAUUGAUGAAGUGAGUUUCUUUGAUUUCAGAUCUUAGGAGAUUCCUACUGUUGGAAGUUUGGUUUUAAUUUGCUCAGUUAACUUUAAUAUUUUUAUACACUUCUCUGGAUUGAAAAAUCUUGAAAUAUUUUACCACCAGAUUGCUGCCAGAAUCAUAAAUUGGGUACCUUUGGUGUGGCUGCCUUAGACUCACUUCCUCGUCAGAUCCAGAAAUGCUCUUUUUAUUAGCUUUCUUCCUGCUGCUCCCUGUCCCCUUACUUUAGUCUUUAAAUGCUCUUAUCUCCUGCUUAGCUUGAGACAGAAGUUCUCCAUAUAGAGUGGAGAGAGUGCCUAACCCCUCUUCCUGUCCUCACCUCAAGGGACAGCUCCAUCUUCAGUGUUUCAUUUCCCUUCACAUUUAUGGUUUGGUAGAUCUCAAACUGAAAGAGCUAGCAUGUGCUUACUAAAUAACUAUGCCAGGCGUAGCCUGUUUCCUUGCUGUUGUCAGUAGCAGGUGCACAAGUGUCUCUUUUCCAGCAAGACUGAAACUGGGACUGUCCUUUGGAAUGAGAAGAACUUAGGCUAUAGACCUAGCUCCUAGCAUAAAUGGGCAUUCUCUGAAACGGUACUGGCCACAGGAGAAUUUCUUCAGCCACUCUCCUGUUCUUGGCCCUGAACUUACCUCUGGGUAGAUCUGAUUGAUUGUAGCUACUCAUAGCACCCUCCUGCAUGCUGAGAACAAUGCUUUGGGGGGAACAGUGGUAAGACACAGUAUUUAUUUGCUUACCUCCUUUCAGACGACUCGGAGGUAAGUUACAUUCAUUCACUCAGGUUUUCCUCUUGCGUCUGAUAAAAGCCUGUGUUAUGCAUAUCAGCAUUUAUUAUAGCCAAUAUUUUAGGAUAAAGUUUAAAGAAUCUAUUAUUUCCUGGCCCAUCACCAAACUAACUGCCCCUUAACCUUGCAGCAUGCCGACUUUUGUUUCAAGCUAGAUACCUUUCCUUAAUACUUAAGAUGCAAGACCAACAGCAUACUGAGAGAGCUAUAGACAUGAAGGCAAAGCUCCUGUGUUCUUUUCACCCAAACAUUUUCAAUUUAUUUUAAAACUUUGUUGAUUUUUUUCUGUCAUGUUUUAUAUAUGGACUUAACAAAAUAAAUAACAAUAAUAAAAUACCAGUACAAAAGAG